AUGAUGGCGCCCGCCGUGGCGGCGCUGCGGCUCCUCGCCGCGGCGGCGACGGCGUCGGCCGUGUCGCUGGCGUCCUUCGACCUCGACGUCGCCAGCGGCCUGCUGACGCUGAGCUUCGACGCGACGGUCCAGUCGGCGACGCUCAACAUCAGCGCCGUGGCGCUCCAGAGCAACCUCACGUCGGCCGAGGAGCGCUACCGGCUGACGGGCAUCACGGAGGACGUCUUCCCCGCCAGCAACUCGUCGAGCGUCGUGUCCGUGGCUAUGGCCGAGGACGACCUGCUCGCGGUGCUCUUCCGAAGGCAUCUCGCGGUGUCCGAAGAGAGCACGUGGCUCACGCUGCAGCCCGACAGCAUCCGCGCGGUGUCCGGCGCCCUCGCCGACGGCCAGCUGCGGCCGGUCAAGGUCGACGACUUCACGGCCGACGACAUGCAGCCGUCGCUCGAGGCCUUUGUGUUCGACAUGGACGCGGAGACGUUGCAUUUUCGCUUCUCCGAGCCCGUGAACCGGUCGACGCUGGACCUGAGCACCGUCGUGCUCCAGACGGCGUCGAACCAGAACGACGCCGAGGCCUCCCUGUCGCUCGUGAACGCCGGCGCGUCGCUCCUGCCCAUGCCCUGCCACGACGUCUAUACGACGACGGCCGCGCCGACGACGGGCGCGCCGAGCUCCGCGCCGACCUAUAUGACGGGCGCGCCGUCCAUUACCGAAUCGCCUUCCUACGUCCCGUCGCUCGCGCCGACCUACGACACGCCCGUGCCGACGCUCAACGGCACGGGGCACUGGGACGUCUGCGCGAACUACACGUCGGUGUACGAUUCGCUGUGGAUCAACGUGUCCAUGGGCGCGACGAACGCCAACGCCAUCAAGAGCGCCUACCCCCUCGGGAGCCAGGAGUCGCUGACCUACCUCGCGCUCUCCGACGCGCUCGCGGAGGAUCUGGCGGGCAACGGCGCGCUCACGCAGUUCUGGUCCAUCUACGAGGGGCAGCAGGCCGUCGAGUGGACGGGCGACGUGACGCCGCCGGAGCUCGUGAGCUUCGCGCUCGACAUGGACGAGGGGCUGCUGGAUCUGACGUUUUCGGAGACGGUGAACGCCUACCAGUUCGACGUGACGUGCGUGGGGCUCCAGGAGAGGGCCGACAACCGCACGGGCGGCCUGAGCCACGACCUCUGGGGCACGCCCUACCGGGGCACGCUCGUCACGUCCGACGACGCCGCGACGCUGACCCUGACCCUGUCCGCCGACGACCUCAACGAGAUCAAGCGCGUCUCGCGAUUGGCCAUCGACGCGGACACGACGAACGUCUACGUCGAAGGCACGGAGUGCUACCGGGACAACGCCUGGCCGGCGAAUUACGGCAUCCGCACGCUGCCGACGGACGCUCUGGGCGUCGAGACCUACGUGCCGGACACGACGCGGCCGAAGCUCGUCUCGGGGUCGCUGGACCUCGACGCGUCGGUCCUGAUUUUAGGGUUCGACGAGACGGUGAACGCGUCGUCGCUCGACAUCGACCGCCUGAGCGUCCAGUCCACGGAGCGCGACGAGUCGACGACGGAGCGCAUCGCCCUCUCCUCCGUGGCGACGCUGGGCGAGGACCGGGGCACGCGGCGCGCGUCGGGCGCGUCGACGAACGUGUCCGUCGCCAUCGGCGCGCGCGACUUCGCGGCGAUGAAGCUCGCGACGUCCUUCGGCAACGGCGUCGACUCGACGUUCUUCGCGGCGCUGAGCGGCGCCGUGUCCGACAUGGCGGGGAACCUGCUCCAGGAGGUGCCCACGAGCAAGGGCCUGUGCAAGGGCGUCGCGGCGGGCUACGGCGUCGUCGCCGACUCCACGCCGCCGACGCUCGACGCCUUCGUCCUCGACCUCGACGGCGGCGCGCUGAGCCUCGCCUUCGACGAGCCCGUGACGCGCCGGAGCCUGGACCUCACGAAGAUCGUCCUCUCGGCGGACGAGGACGAGGACGCGGAGUCCGUGCGGCUCUCCGGCGCCGGCGCGGUCUUCGCCGACGCGCACGCGGCGGUCUACCGGUCGGGCCUGUCGCUGCUCCGGCUCGCCUACGAGCCCCUCGCGACGGCCCACGGCGCCGAGGUGCUCACGGUGCGGCUCGGGAGCGCCGACGUCGACGCCGUCAAGCUCCGCGAGAGCCUCUGCACGGCCGCGGAGACCACGCUGCUCAGCGGCGGGGACGCCUGGGUCGCGGACUCGGCGACGGGCAACGACGCCGCGGCGCUGGACUUCGAAGCGGCGUCCAACUUCACGGGCGACGGGACGCCGCCCGAGGUCGAGCGCGCGGUGCUCGACCUCGACGGCGGAAUCUUAACGAUCGUCGCGGACGAGCCCGUGCGCGCGGCGUCGGCGAACGCGUCGAGCUUCCGGCUCACGGGCCGCGCCGACGGUUUCGGCGCGACCGUGGCCGUCGACGUGCGCACGGGCCUCGCGCCCGACGCGACGGACGGCACGACGCUCGGCUUCGACGUCCGCAGCGGGAACGUGUCGCCGCCCUUGAGUUGGCGCUUGUUGGCGCUGUGCGCGCUCUGCGCCGACUGCCUGUCGCCGCUGGCCGACCGCAUGAAACAGACCCAAACCGUCACUCUGGGCGUCGUCGUCACGGCGCCCGUCAAAGAGUACGACCACUUCCUGCGCCAGUCGGCCGUGCUCGUCAUCGAGCACGGCGACGGCGCGCCGUCCUACGGCCUCAACCUCGAGUCGCCGACGAUGAUGACCAUCGGCGAGGCGGCGGCGGGCGUCGUCACGGGCCCGCUCGGCGAGAACCAGCUCUUCAUGGGCGGCCAGCACGGCGGCCGCGGCGCGAUGAUGGUCCACGCGACGCCGGGCGUCGCGGGCGCGACGCGCCUCGGCGACACGGGCCUCUACAUCGGCGGCAUCAAGGACGCCAUGGCGCGCGUCGACCGCGGCGACGCCGCCUGCGACGACUUCAAAUUCUUCUUCAACCUCUGNCAGUUCCCGCCGGGCCAGCUCGACGGCGACACGCGGCGUCUGCGGAAACCGCGCGGGCUCACGCUGGCGCGCUGCGACCGCGCCGUCGUGCGGCUAUAUAACGACAACAUCUGGGGCUGCGGCCGGCGGAGCCCGGCGUCGCGCGCGCACGCCAAGGGCCACUUCCUCGAGUGCGACCACAAGCAGCCCGCGAGCGCCACGGUCACGCGCGCGCGCGGCUACCUCGGCCUGGACCUGUUCAGCCCCGUGUUCCAGCACGCCAUGGUCAACGGCGUCACGGCGGCCGCGGGCGUCUGGGCCGAGUUCCUCGCGGAUCCCGAGGGCAAGCUCCUCUGCCACGAGACGACGUGCGCCUUCGCCGAGGCCGCGCUCGGGGGCGGCGACCGGCUCCUGCGCGGUUCGAAGUGCGACGAAAUUUACUUCCCCCACGGGCUCGUUGCUGCUGUUGUUCGCGGCGACGUGCCCUUCGCCGGCGCCUUCGACGCGCUCCUCCCGCCCUACACGGCGGCGCUGCUCGACGCGCCGACGCCGGCGCGCGACCUGCUCGUCUACGCGUCGCGGAACCACGACGCCUUCAAAGGCAAGCGCACGGUCGCCAACGAGAGCGCCGUCGUCGCGGCGCUCACGCGCGUCGCGGAGCGGGCGGGCCUGACCUUCGAGCUCUUCCGCUACGAGUCGCCGGAGCGCAGCGCGCGCGUCUUCGCCGCCGCGCGCGUCGUCGUCGGCCCCCACGGCGGCGCGCUCGCGAACCUCAGCGCAAACCUCGUCCAUUGCGAAGCCGGCACCAUCGUCGUCGAGAUCAUGCCCGAGGCGCGCGCGCGGCUCUACUACGCGGGCGUCGCCUACGCGAAGAAGCUCCGCUUCGUCGCCUUCGCCGCGUCCCGCUUCGCGUACGACGGCCCGGACAUCGCGCUGGACCCGGCGGCCCUCGCGCGCGCC